UGGGAUGUGUAAUAGCCUUCUGUGGAGCCAGCCUUCAUAGAUUGACUCAUGAUUUCUAUCAUAAACCAAUCUAGUUUCCCAGUUUCAGCCAUGACCUUCUACAACCUUCGGGGUUUUUUUUCAGGGGUUGAGGAAGGAUGUGUUUUGAAAAAUUCCCAGAUCUCUUGCCAAAACAUCGACCUUUCCAUCAUAAACUUCAUGACAAAGCAGAAUAAACAUAUAAAAGUGAGCGGUAUUCAAAGAAGGAACAAUUAUAUUCCUAGGUAUUCUUUUUUUCUCUCCCAGAGUUCAUUGUUUAAAAAAAAUUCCGUCUCUUUUACUUUAGUUGGACAGGAACUCACAUCUCGCAUCUUUCAUAAGUCUAAAGUUGUCUCGAAGGACACUGCCGUUAAAAAGAGUUUCCAUUACAUCAAUAUGUCAGGAUAUGGAGAAGACGUGUUUUUGAAAACAGACAAGAAAACACUCAUUCUAGCCACAAAUGAAAGGCUUAAAAAUUCCCAUUUAAACACUAAAAAGUGUUUCAAAGGCUGUAGUCCAACCUCUAUGAGUAAGCACCUUGUGGCAUUGUGUACCUUUUCUUCAUUAAAAUCUGCCCCUGAAACCACCUUUACUAGAAAUAGGUGGGGUUUCCCUAAAGGUUUGUUAAAGUCAUUAAAAUAUUCAGUAAAUCAUUCGUUACAUGCAUUCAGCCUGAACAGCAAACAUCCAGUUAUUGUAUGAUAAUGUUGCUCUGAAUGGCAAACGAGAACAUAUAAAAGCCUGACACUGGUCCUUAGUUUCGUCUAACAACCUUUACAUUUUUCUGCUGUAACGCUUUUUGUUUUAUGUUUGAGUUGAUCAGAAAAAACAGGGAUUUAACUUAUGUAGGAGUUUGUGUCAAACAGUUCAAAGGACAAUAUUAUAAUAUUAAUUCUGGGUAAGUCACAAUUUUCUUAUUCAGCAACUCUCCGUGGUGACAUUCAUUAGUACUUUUGAAAAUAUAGUCUUUCCCCCCCGUUGUACAGACAGUAAAUUGCUCUUUGAAGAUGAAGUGGACAUUAAUCCUCAUCUUUGGUAGUUGCUUGGCUGAGACUACUCUGUGCUGGACGUAUCACUACUCAAACGAGACAAUGAACUGGACCCAGGCCAGAGAGUGGUGCCAGAAAUAUUUCACAGACAUGGUGGUCAUCCAAAACCAAGCGGAGAAUGAUUAUCUGGUCUCCAUCCUGCCACAGAAAAGAAGCUCCCCAUAUUUCUGGAUUGGAAUCACUAGAAACCAUAUGAAUGAAAGCUGGAUUUGGAUUGGGAAUAACAGCACGUGGAUUGGUAACAAUUCAUGGGCACCAAAUGAACCAAAUAAUGUCCAUGCAACAGAGUUUUGUGUAGAGAUCUACACUAACACAGGAGAAAAUCGAGGGAAGUGGAACGAUGAGAAAUGUAGCAAAUCAAAAUAUGCAGCGUGUUUUAAAACCCAGUGCAAUGAAUCAUCCUGUGAAAGAGGAAGAUGCCAGGAGGCAAUCAACAGUACAACCUGCCUCUGUGAACGUGGUUUUAAGGGAGACAGGUGCCAAACACCUGUGGAAUGCCUCCCUCUCUCUGAGCCUUAUAAUGGAUACCAUAGCUGCUCAAGAGGAAAUCAAACCUUCAACACGACCUGUCGAUUAAAGUGUCACCCUGGCUUCUUCAUAAAUGGCUCGUCAUUUGUCACUUGUGAAGACACUGGGGACUGGAGUGGGCCAAGACUUACUUGUGCAGCUGUGGAGUGUCCCCCUCUACCUCAAACUUAUAAUGGAUCCCAUAACUGCUCCAGAGGAAAUCAGACAUUCAAGACAACCUGUCAUUUUAAGUGUGACCCUGGCUUCUUCGUGAUUGGCUCACCAGCCGUCACUUGUGGAGAGACCAGAGUCUGGAGUGGCCCAAGACCUACUUGUACAAGCUAUAAACAGGCUUUGCUGGCUUUAGCUGGAUGUGGAGCCCUCUCUACCUUCUGCUGCAUCUGUUUUUGUUGCAUAAAACACAGACAAAGAAAGAAACUUUCCCAAGAAAGGCUGCCCGAAGAAGGAAGUCCACCCUGUGAUACACAACCGUAAACAACGUCCCACGCCUUAAUUAGAAUAUAUUUGACACCAAGACAGUUCACUUAGAGAUUGAGGAAAUCGGUCUCCUUGCAUCAUGCACUGGAUGCUGAUUUAAAUAUCAGUCAGCUAAGGCUUUUACCUAAUAUGUUGUAAAAGUUACAUUUGAUAUGUUGCAUACUUAUAAAUUAUGUAAUUGUGUAUAUUCGAUGGUUUGUCAUCAUGGUAUGGUUCAGACAUGU